CACUUCCUUCCUACCUGCUCUCUCCCCAGGAAUCCCAGCUAUCCCUGGGACAAGAGGACCCAAGGGUCAGAAGGGAGAACCUGGCACACCUGGCCAUCCUGGGAAAAAUGGCCCCAUGGGGGCCUCUGGGAUUCCGGGGUUUCCUGGUCUCAUGGGACCCCCUGGGGAGCCGGGUGAGGAAGGCAGAUACAAACAGAAGCACCAGUCAGUGUUCACAGUCACACGGCAGACGCUCCAGUUCCCGACAGCCAACAGCCUGGUCAAGUUCAACACGGUCAUCACCAACCCACAGGGAGAUUACGACACGAGCACCGGCAAGUUCACCUGUAGAGUCCCUGGCCUCUACUACUUUGUGUACCACGCCUCGCAGACGGCCAACCUGUGCGUGCAGCUGUACCACAGGGACGUCAAGGUGACCACCUUCUGUGACCACCUGACCAACAGCAAGCAGGUCAGCUCGGGCGGUGUGCUGCUGCGGCUGCGGGUGGGAGAGCAAGUGUGGCUGGCGGUCAAUGACUACAAUGGCAUGGUGGGCACCGAGGGCUCCGACAGCGUCUUCUCCGGCUUCCUGAUCUUUCCUGACUAGGUCAGGCAGCCUGCUCCAGCCCUGGGGCCACCGCACCUCCCUUGGCUUCUCUGUAAGAACCCACUGUGCCAUAUCCUUGCCCAGACUAUUCUCCCCUCCUGAUGGACUCCUCCUCCAGGAAGCCCACCCUGUCCACCUGCCCCAUGAGUUCUCUCCUCGUUGCUCCUUCAGGAGUCACUGCUUUGACACUUAACCAACACCUUCUGGUACUGUCAUUAGUUCCUUCCAAGUCUUGGAAGAGGCAGGGAGAUAUCUAAAUAAAUAAUUAAACUGUAAA